CUGAUUUGGGUUUGUUUACAUUUAAUUUGUCACGAGUGAAAACAAAGAAAAUUUAAAAUGAUUGAGUGCAGUGAAAAUUUAAGGGAUCAGCGAAUAUAUGUCAUGCUAUCAUGGGACUCGCAAAUUUGGAGGAGGAGGAAGAUGAGCUGGCGAAGGUGUUCCAGGGAUUUGUUGAGGAAAUCGUACUGCCACCGCAGUUGUUAAAAAAAAGCGAAAGUCUCCAUGCGUAUGGGCGUCUAAUCGUUAUGGUACCUUUUGGGAACGGGACGUGACUGAAAACUCAGAUGCCUUAUUUAAGGAAAGUUUUCGCGUGGAGAGGGAACACUUCAACACCUUGGUGGAACAGCUGCAAGGCCUUAAGAAAAAGGACACCAACUUCAGGGACGCCAUACCCUUAGACAAGCGAAUAGCUAUCGCCUUGUACACGUUGGGGUCGUCAGCGGAGUCUUCCAUGGUUGGCAAAAUUUUGCAUGAGUUCUGCUUCGAGCUGUACCGGGUGUUUGCUCCAAUAUAUUUGCCCCGUGAGUUCCUCACACAGGAGAAAGUGGAAGAGUGCGUCAGGGGAUUCGAAGCUCAUGGAUUCCGGCAAUGCUUUGGAGCAAUUGAUGGUAGUCAUAUUGAGAUUCGCCCAGCCGCCGCCGAGGCCAUCGACUAUUACAAUUAUAAAAGGUGGUAUUCGACUUUCCUUUUUGCAUUGGUUGAUUACAGAUACAGAUUUCUGUAUGUCAACGUGGGCUGCUCGGGCCGCUGCCACGAUUCCCAAGUUUAUGAGAGUUCAGCGUUGAAAAGUAUUUUGGACAAUACUGAUCUAUUUCGAGCCAACUCCAAACGCAUAAACGAAACAGAUGUGCCUGUUGUUUUGCUGGGCGACUCGGCAUUUAGGUUUUCAACAACCUUGAUGAAGCCGUAUCCUUUCAGCGUCGCUGCCACUGAGGACGAAAAGGCAUUUAAUUAUGAUUGGAAAGGGCCUUGA